AUGCCAGUAAAGAUCAGGAGCACAAAGCCACGUCUAUUAUGGGAUACACAACAUAGAGCAGAGCAGAGAAUACUGGGAUACGCAGCUGCCAUGGAAACGUUGAGCGAGAGGGCCGCAUUGAUUAGAGAGUCUAUGCAGAAGGCGCAGUCCGUGACCGAUUCCAUGGUUUCCAUUCUGGGGUCCUUUGAUCGCCGUCUAUCUGCCCUGGAAACAGCCAUGCGCCCCACUCAGUUGAAAACGCAUUCCAUGAGGAGGGCGCACGAAAACAUCGACAAAACAUUAAAGGUUGCCGAGCGUAUUUUGGCUCAGUUCGAUCUCUCUCGCCAGGCCGAGGCUAAGAUAUUGAGGGGGCCGCACGAGGAUCUGGAAAGCUACUUAGAUGCAGUUGAUCAGUUGAGGAGCAUCAUUAAGUUUUUUGGUGGUAACAAGAACCUUCAGAGUAGUGUUGGAGUGGUCAACCAUGCCAAUAAUUUACUCGGAAAAUCUAUCUUGAAGCUAGAAGAAGAAUACCGUCAGCUUUUAAACUCUUACAGCAAGCCUGUGGAACCUGAUCUUCUGUUUGACUGCCUACCUAAUACUUUGCGACCAUCAACUGGAUCGCCUGCUCAAGGCGAUGGUAGUGGCUUAAAAUCAUCAGAGCACCACAAAAAGAGUCUAGAACCUGUUGUUUACCAUCCUCCAACUCUCAUUCCACCAAGAAUACUACCUCUGCUACAUGACUUAGCCUUUCAAUUGGUUGAAGGUGGCCAUCACCAGCAAUUGUUUAAUAUACACAGUGAAGCCCGAUCCUUUGUCAUGGAACAGAGCCUAAGGAAACUAGGAGUGGAGAGACUAACUAAGGAUGAUGUACAAAAGAUGCAAUGGGAAGUCCUAGAAGCAAAAAUCGGAAAUUGGAUUCAUUUUAUGCGGAUUGCUGUCAAACUUUUAUUUCAUGCAGAAAAGAAAAUUUGUGAUCAGAUUUAUGAGGGUCAUGAUUCACUCAGGGAUCAAUGUUUUGCAGAGGCUACCACAAAUAGUGUAGGCAUGCUCCUAAGUUUUGGAGAGGCUGUUGCCAAAAGCAAAAGAUCUCCUGAAAAGCUAUUUGUUCUUCUGGAUAUGUAUGAGAUAAUGAGAGAACUUAAGCCAGAGAUUGAUAUAAUCUUUGGAAGUAAAUAUUGUGGUGAAGUGCGAGAAGCUGCUGCAGUCUUAAGCAAGCGUCUAGCUCAGACUGCUCAAGAGACUUUUGUAGAUUUCGAAGAAGCUGUUGAAAAAGAUGCAACAAAAACUACUGUUCUUGAUGGAACUGUGCAUCCAUUGACUAGCUACGUGAUUAACUAUGUGAAAUUUUUGUUUGACUAUCAGUCGACACUGAAGCUACUUUUCCAAGAGUUUGGUGAUGAUGAUGUGGAGGAGAAGUUGGCAUCUUUAACAACUCGUAUAAUGCAGGCUCUUCAGAGUAACCUGGAUGGGAAAUCUAAGCAGUAUAAAGAUCCUGCUUUGACUCAAUUAUUUUUGAUGAACAACAUGCACUACAUAGUAAGAUCUGUGCGAAGGUCAGAGGCAAAGGAUAUGUUAGGAGAUGACUGGGUACAGAUACAGAGAAGGGUUGUCCAGCAGCAUGCCAAUCAAUACAAAAGGAUUUCUUGGUCCAAGAUUCUCCAGUGUCUCUCCAUUCAGGGAGCUGGGAGUGGUUCCUUUGGAGCUGAUGGUGGCAAUAGCAACAGUGCAGUGUCAAGGUCAAUGGUGAAAGACAGGUUUAAGACAUUCAAUCUGCUAUUUGAGGAACUUCAUCAAAGGCAAUCUCAAUGGACGGUGCCAGACAGUGAGCUACGUGAAUCUUUGAGGCUGGCGGUUGCUGAAGUCCUUUUGCCUGCCUAUAGAUCUUUCAUUAAACGUUUUGGGCCCAUGAUUCAAAAUGGCAAAAAUCCCCAGAAGUACAUCAGAUACAAUCCCGAGGAUCUUGAAAGAAUGCUAGCCGAGUUCUUUGAAGGGAAAACCUGGAAUGAUCCAAGACGAUAAAUUAAAUGACCAGGAAAUCAGCUUUCCUCUCUGGAUUUUGUCAGUUGUAAGCUAACAACAAGAACAUGCAAGAGAAAGAGGGUGGUGAAUCGUUUUCCUCAUCAAUUUUGUAUCAUUUCUUGUAAGCAUGAUUUUAGAUAUUCAGAAAUAAAUUGAUAAUAAUCAGCUGCUCCCAGGGGUUCUCCUUCCUCGAUCAAUUGGA